UAAUAUCAUAAUAUGCCUAGUUUAUGGUAAGCUCAAAGAAAACUGAAAGCCUAUUAAUACACUCAAAUACAAAGAGUAUAUUGUUGCUUUUAAUAACUUUCAACUUUUAAACACUUUUGGAAUCUUUAGACUACAUAACAUUGUAUCACUACUGCUAUUUUAUUACAGGAUAGUAUAUAUAAAAAUUGAUCGGUUAAAUUAAACAGUAUUACACAUUAACGUUUUUAUAUUCUUAGAUACCGUCAGUUAUAUUAUAAUACCUGUUGUCAUCGAACGAUUCCUCUACCUUAACCCUUUCACUGCUACAGACGCAUAUAAGCGUCCAGCGAAAACACCUCUGCUGUGCUACAGACGCAUAUGAGCGUCCUCUACAAAUGACUACAAUUUAAAAUUAAUUGGCUAUAAAUAAAUAACAACAAAUAGUCCAUUCUUAUCUAUGGACUACAAGGAGUUAUUAAAUGUUAUACAUUUUGGAUCUUUCAGGGGUUCUCAAUAUUGUCUCUGACUAUACCUGUAGCUCUUAUACCAAUAGUUCUAGCCAAUAGCCACACAGAAUAUUAUAGUGCUUCAUUUACCUUUUUGUUUUAUACCUUUAUUUCGUGUUACCCAUGUAACGAAAAACAUAACAGAUAAAAUUAUACCAAAAUAGAAUUACAUUUAUGUACCUAGGUAUUUAGUAUUUAUAUAUUAUGGUUUUCAAUUUGUUUUCAAUGUAUUGACACACAUUAUUGUGCCGAACUACGUUCAUUUUGUGCUUUGCUUUUUUUAUUGUGAUUUGUUUCUCUAAUAUAAAUUACCACAAUGACUAAAAAGUUAACGGACGAAGAAAUAGAACGAGAACUAAAUGAAUACUAUGCUAAUUCUGAAUCCGAAGAUGAAACAUACGAUAUUGAUCUAGCUGUUGAAGAUUCUGAACCUUGUUUUGAUCAAUCGAGAUCAAGUGAUGAUCAUUUUAAUUUGAUAAAUUCUAAUAAUAUUAAUAGUGUAUAUAAUUCUAAUCAAAUGCAAUAUAGCACACCUACUGAGAUUAGCCAAUACGAUUUACAAGCCUCUGGUCUAUUACACAAUGAACAAUAUUUAUUCAAAGAUGUUGAUAUUGAUGAAGCUCUUCAAAAUUUAGAAACUGAUUUCCAAGACUAUUUGUCACAGAAUGACUCUUUUCAGUCUCCUUCUUCAAGUAUUACACAGCAGUCAAGAAUAACUUCAGAUGUAUUUUCAUCUAGCAUUGGUAGACCCACAAGAUCAUCUAAAGUUCCUAAAGCAAUCAAGACAUUAAAAUGGAAAAAAAAUGCAAACAGUUUUCAACCAAAAAUUCAUGAAUUUAACCCAAACAAUGUAUGUUACUGUUUGUUUUUUCUAAAAAUCCAAAAAUUAAAUAAAAAUGUGUUUUUGCUAAUUUCAGAGUGGUGUUCAAUGUGAAGAGUUUGGUUUAAAUGAAACCUCAUCUGUUAUUGAUUUUUUUGAAGCAUUUAUUACAAAUGAUUGGUGGGGAAAAUUGUUUUUGAGACUAACAGGUACGCUAAGGAGCAACCAAUUAAUUCAGAACAUUCAAGAAUGGUUUAUUGGAAAGAUACUAGUA